AUGCCGCCGCGAACUUCGUCCUUGAGGCCAUACCAACUCAAAACAGAUGUCGGGCGUCCGCCGCAACUACCAACUGGAGCCACAACCCCCCUAGACAAUAUACCUACGCCAGGACUGGUGACAUAUCCUCCCGAACCUGCGACAUGGAGAAAUAUGCCCAACAAAGGCCAACUCGCCCUGCUUGCUGCCAGUCGCUUCGUCGACUUCUUCCAGAUGGCCGCACUCCAGACAUACAUGGUACAUCAGCUCAAGAGCUUCGACCCCAGCCAACCCGACUCUGUCAUCUCGCAUCAAGCUGGUAUGCUCCAGGGCAGUUUCACUGCCGCCCAAAUCAUCACGAGUAUUCUCUGGGGUCGUGCGGCAGAUCAGCCAGGUGUAGGCAGGAAACUGGUCCUCAACAUUGGAAUGAUCGGUACUGCCAUUGGGUGCAUUGGUGUAGGCUUCAGCACCAGCUACCAACAGGCUGUCGUAUGGAGAGUUUUGAGUGGAGCCAUCAACGGCACUGUAGGAGCCGCUAGAACCAUGGUUGCUGAAUGUACUGAUAAGCGCUGGCAUCCGCGUGCUUUUUUGCUUCUACCUGCUGCGUUCAAUGUCGCCAAUGUUUUAGGUCCAAUUCUCAGUGGUCUCCUCGCAGAUCCAGUCGCAGCGUACCCUCACUUGUUCGGCCCAAACUCGACAUUUGGUGGUGCAGAAGGCAUUGGCUGGCUGAAGAAUUAUCCCUAUGCUGCACCCAAUCUUCUUUGCAGUCUGCUGCUCCUGAUCGAAGCGCUGCUCUGCACCUUCUUCCUUGAUGAAACUCUCAAGAGUUUCACAGAAAUCGACGUUGGUCUUUUCAAUCCAAUUACCAUUGCCAAAGGUAUCUGGAGUCGUCUCUACGAAAUCAAGAACAAAGGCUACAAACUCGUGGGCGAGACAGCCAUGGCUCGAAGAGGUCUCUUGUCUGGCCGUGAUGAAGGAAGCAUCGAACUUGAUCGCAUCACCGAUGCUAACGAAGCCCGUGAAAGACAAAACUCGCAUACUAUUCGCCCUAUGCAGCGUCUUCCUUUCCGUCGCGUAUGGACACCAAAUGUCUGCUGGACUCUUCUUUCCAUCGCCAUCUUCGACUUCCACAUGGGUGCCUUUUCAACACUAUGGAUCUUGUUCUUGUCUACAUCUCGCGAAUUUGUGCCUGGAAACAGCACAGACGGCCAACCACAAAAGCAAGAAAGAGGCGUUUUCAAGUUUGGAGGCGGUCUCGCCUUCCCACCUCCAACUAUCGGUCUCGCGAUGGCCAUUAUCGGCUUCAUAGGCAUCAUCCUGCAAUUUGUCCUCUACCCUCGCGCCAACGCGAGAUUCGGCCUUAUGCGCUGUUUCCGAUCUUCACUUUUCCUAUUCCCUCUGGCAUAUUUCCUGGCUCCGUAUAUUGCUCUCAUGCCCUCUGACUCUGCCUCCCCAGCACCAGCAUCAGGAUUCUGGAUCUGGCUUGGUAUUGGUGGUGUCGUGUUUCUUCAAGUCGCUGCUCGCACGUUUGCUCUUCCGGCUUCGAUUCUGUUGCUCAACAAUAGUUCUCCUCAUCCAUCUGUGCUGGCGACGAUUCAUGGGUUGGGUCAGGCGGACAGUGCGGCGUUUAGAACUAUUGGACCCAUUCUUUCUGCUUCUUGGUACGGUACCUGGCUUGAGAGGGGAGUGGUGGGUAUGGCGUGGUGGUAUGUUGCUGCCAUCUCGGCUGUGGGCGCUGCAGCGAGUUUCAAAGUCAGGAAUGGAAAUGGACAUGAGAUUAUCUUGCCAGGAGAGGAGGAGAGGGCUGAUGAGCAAGUCCCUGCUGAGCCGUCGAGGAAGUAG